AUGUCAGAAUGGUCUCACCACCUUGCCUUCGAUUUCAUCUCCGACCUAGUCUGUGGCCAGCCUAUGGGUCACUUGAGCCAAGGAAAGGAUGUCGGUGACAUCAGAGCAACCAUUAACCGUAUCACAAAACUAGUCGUCCUUCUCGGGGACAUUCCCACACAAACUGCUUUCCUCAGAAACCCGGUCACCACCUUUAUCCAAAGUCGUAUUCUCAGGAUCAAGAACCCAAUGGAGGGUUUCUUCCAGUUUUCGGUUGACCGGGUUCGCGAUCGCGUCACUGGCAGAAGUGGUGUGGAUCGAAAAGACAUGCUGUCACAUUUCACCUACGCCAAGCCAACCAUGGAACCUACCGUAGAAAAUAUUGAGAGGGAAAUCCUGCGUGACGUACAAACUGCAUUUGGAGCCGGCUCGGAUACGACAUCAAUUUCCAUGAGAGCUAUCAUAGUGUAUCUGGGUUUGCAUAUCGACAUAUACAAACGGCUACAGAAGGACAUAGACGACUUCUACACUGCUAAUGAACUCGGAGCCCUCGAGCCGCUCACCUUCAACCAAACUAAGCAGAUCCCUUUGAUCCGAGCAGUCGUUGCUGAGGCAGUCAAAUUGUCCCUGCUAUCUGCGGACAAUUGCUGCGUGUUUCUCCCGGCAUCACAGUGGACAAGUAUUGGAUUCCGCGUGGGUAUACCAUUGGUAUUAGUGCCAUGGCAGUGA